AUGCCUCCAGCCCUCUCAGACCUGUAUGAACAGGCCCGCCAAAUCCAAUCCGUUGAUUGGUACGGAAUAUGGAUUGCUAUUUUGCUGGGCGUCUGGCUGAUCGCCCGGCUGGCGCACCGGCUUGUCAUUUUGGUCGGGGCGCUCCUGGGCGCCAACAUUGUCCUCCUACUCGUGUCCGCCCAUGGCUGGGCUGAUGUCCAGCAACGUGCGGCGAAGCUCGCCGUCCUGAACCUAUUGCCGCUCGGUACGGGCCUGACCUUUGGCAUCCCGGCCCAUCUGCUCGGAAUCAGCCGCUCUGCCGUUGCGUGGUUGCAUCGCUGGUUUGGGCGGGUGAUGGCCGCCCAUUCCCUUCUUCAUGGAGCCAUUGCCAUCGCCAGAGCGGACAAGCCGAUCCCCUCGAUGAGGCAUGACUGGGCUCCCUUGCUGGCAGCUGCUGCCAUUUUGAUGAUGAUCCCUGUCACCUUGCAUGUGGUCGUCCGACGGCACUGUCAGGUCGCCAUGAGAAUCCACUACCUUCUAGCGGUCACGGCAAUGGUGGCCCUGGCGUAUCAUACGUGGGGCCGAGGGUCAGAUUCCCGCUGGCAAGGGAUUGGUGCUGGGGCCCUAUGGAUCUUGCUGAGCGUCGUUGCCGUCUCUCAUGCAGCCAACAACGCUGGAGUGCUGGACGGCCCACAGUGA